AUGUUGGUAUCGUCCUUUCUUUUUGAGCCCUCAAGCGGUCCACUAGAGGCGAUGCCUUUGUGCUAUUUACCUCCCUUGGUGGACAAACCCGGCUGCCAACGAUGCGGCCGACAGGAGGGGCCCCUCUUCGGAUUGAAUGAGUUGAAGCAGGAGACCAGCGCUCGAACCCGAUGCUUGGAGAGUGCGCGAGCAGCGAAGUGCAACGUGUGGGUCUUCCGGGUGGGGAGCUGUGAACUUUGGAACUGCAGCUCCAAAGAGGCCCUCCACAGGGCAGCAGACUCAGGCGUCGCUGAGCCGGAUGGCACUUUUCUGAAGGACUACCAUGGGCGUCUUGUGACCACCAGUCGGGACAGGACACUUGUCGCUGAAGAUACACCUGUGGCAUCUUUGGCAGUGGCCCUGCGGCCAACGGGCAGUGUUGCGAAGUUGCAGAGUGCCGACGGUCACUUUGUCACUGUAGCAUCUUCUGGAUCCUUGGAAGCUAGUCGGUGGGACGAUGGAGAGACCUUCAACAUCACCCGGGAAGGUGCCUACGUUCUGCUCCAGAGCCCUCGAGGACUGCUCCGCUCCGAUGGCACAGCCAUCAUGGUGAGCAGACGCGAAGGAAGGCCACCGGAGGAAGGCCUCUUCCGUGUCGUUCGUGGCCUGGACCUGCCCAGCGGUUCGAGAAAGGGCUGGACCCGCAACGACACGGAGCGUGUUUGGGUGCACAGCAGCUUGUGCAACUACCAGGAGCCCUUUGGCGGUGAAGGUGGCCGCGAGCGGCGGAGCGCCACCUAUGUGAAGCUCUGGGAAUGGAACUAUGUGGACGUCUUGAAGGAAUGCCAAGAAGUCUUGGGCCCCUCAGGGGUGACAGCUGUGCAGCUGUCUCCAGUAGCUGAGCACUUGGUGGGGCCUCAAUGGUGGGUCAGGUACCAGCCGGUGAGCGCUUCGUUGCACUCCCGCAGCGGCACGGCCGACGAGCUGCGCUCCGCCGUCGCGGGCUGCCGAACUGCAGGAGUUGAGGUGAUCAUCGACGUGGUUUUGAAUCACAUGGCUCGGCCCUGCCCAGCGGCACAAGAGUUGCUAGAAGGGACGCCCUGUGUUGGCUGGAAUGGAACUGCCUAUGGCAACCGGCGGACAGCAGGCGCGCGCGGUUGGGAUGCUGCCACACCGCUCCACUUCCAUCACCGUGGCAAGGAGAUUUGGGGAGCUUGUGGCGUCGGACCGGAGACAGGCUUCCUUUGCGGGUCGCCGGUGACCACUGACUGCAGCUGCUGCCCUUGUGACAUGUAUGGCUUGCCAGACUGGGAUCUCGCUGUUAAAGCGGUGGAGGAGUCUCAUGCCAGGCAUUUGGAGGAGUUGCACCGGAUGGGCGUCACCAUGCUCCGUAUAGAUGCCGCGCUGUACAUGGAGUCAGACUUGGUCUCAAGGUUCUUGAAUCGAUUUCCCUGGGAUAUGGUCUACCAGGAAUGGUGGCAUGAGCUUCCCCUACCGGGACGCACCGACGUCUUUGGCCUGUAUCGAGAUUUGAAGUUCAUGCGUCGCAUCGCCGAGUUCCUGGAUGUGGCGCCGCUGGCGCGAAGCCCGGAGGUGCUGAACGUCACCCGAGGGGAUUUCUACAUCAAUCCCAACGAGGCCGUGUAUCCCACUUGCUUUCAUGAUGGCCGAAGUGAUCGAGCUGAUCCGGCCGUGCCAACCUUCAAGAAUGGUUUGGCCUUCCACCAGCAGCAGCUGUUCAUGUUAGCCUCGCCCUUCCCGAUCACCGUGCUGCUUUGGGGCGGCUACGCCUGGCGACAGAUCGAUGACGGACCCCCCGGCUGCGAGCCAGGUGGGGCUGCCCGUUGCGUUGCUACGUCUCCUCAUCAAGAUGGCUGUAUGGCGACCCCAGGCGCCUCACCCUUGGCGGAAGGUGACGUGGAAGACCGGCGCUGGGUUUGCGAACACAGGUGGCAAGGCGUGGCUGGCCUUAUCCGCUUUCGCCGCAGCUGUCGACAGCCCAUGACUGAGUCCUGGCACUCAGGCCACGGCGGGACCCUGCUUUCGCCUGGGCACGUGGCUUUCCGCCUGGGCGGCAGCUGUUUUGUGGCCAUUGCACGAGGUGCCGGUCGCUGGCAGCUGAGCGGUUUAGCCACACAGCUGCCUCCCGGCCGCUACUGUGACUUGGGCUCCUGGGAUGGAAGGACCUGCGUUCGGGAGGUGGUGCUUGGGCCUGGUGGCCGAGUCCUCGAAGGAGGACCGGCUUGCCCCCAAGGCAAUCAGUGCGGCGGACAUGCAGCCCACACCGAGUCUUGA